UGUUUUGCAAAAGCUGGCAAGUAUGCUUAAGUGAUAGGGAAAAUUCCACAAGUAUAUGACUGCUUAGCAAACAUAGUACGCUUCCGUUUAUCAGAUAAAGAAUACUGAAAAGAGGUUGACAGUCCAGGGUUCAUUUGUUUCGUUGAGAUCCUAGCUAGUGAUAUGUAGGGCCUGUGUUCUUACUUAAUGUUUGGUACUCCGCAGCAUUUUGUUGUAAGUGACAAUCCUGUUGAAUUCAGCUGUAGGUGAAUACUGAGUGUAUCUGAAAUCAAACUCUGGUCUCAAGCCAACCAUUCAGAAAAUAAUGAAAGUGAAGUAGCAACCACUUACAAAAAGCAUUUUGAAAUGGGAGUUAAGAAUACGAGAAAUUUUUAGCUGGCCAGAAUUGUGUCAUAUCUGAUGGAAACAAGGCAGAAUCCCAUUCAGGUCAUAAGCUUUAGAUAAUUACUUCUGUGCAGUCUCAGCACUAAAUCCCUUCAAGCUGUUUCCUCUUGGCUUCUGCUGCCCUCCCCCAGCUUGUCCUACAUGACAUUCCAGGAUUCUCUCAGCCUAUUUUUCUUUCCUCUUCACAUCUGUGCAUCUAGAUACUAAUAUUACUUUCCAAAAAUAGCUUCCUGGCAGCUUUCAAGAGCAAGAAUUGCAUUUUGUUCUAUGCUGGGUAAAGUGGUGUGCACAUUUAGAGCGCUGAUACCAGCAACAGUCCAGAAUGAAAAGGAAUUUAAGGUUUGCCUUUUGCUCAAACUGCCAGGAAGUAUGUGUUCUUACAAGAAAGUGGGGUUUUCCUCCUUGCAAACAGCAUGUGCUUUCUAUGUCUUUAGACCAUGCUGUUAAUAUUCUUGCCAUGUCUGCUGUUACUCAAGCAUGCAUGUGCCCUUGGCAAGUAGUCUUGAACUAGCCAAGGCAUGCUUAAAAUUAUUUGAGCAGCUUCAGUAUCUGUUUAUCCUUCAGCAGGAAUGAAUUAGUGAAGCCAAAAUAAUCUAUAAUUAGAGGAAACCCUAAAUCAGGGACUUAUUUUCUAAGUGGGAGAAGCACCCUUACUACAACCUAACGGUAAAAGUUCUCCGAGCCAGAAACAUCAAGGGUACAGAUCUGUUGUCCAAGGCAGACUGCUAUGUGGAACUAAAGCUGCCCACUGCAUCUCCUACAGUCUUCCGAACUCAGGUUGUUGACAACUCUGAUAACCCAGAAUGGAAUGAAACUUUCCAGUAUCGAAUCCAUACGGCUGUCAAGAACAUUCUGGAAUUGUCACUUUAUGAUAAGGAUAUCCUUGUCAGCGAUGAGCUUACAUCUAUUGUCUUCGAUGUAGCGGGCAUGAAGUUGGGUCAGCCCCUGCUGCGCACUUUCAAGUUGAACCCUGAGGCUAAUGAAGAGCUGGAUGUAGAGUUUUACUUGGAGAAAUGCCCAGAUGCCCCUACAAAGGUACUGACCAACGGAGUCCUUGUGGUUCAUCCUUGCUUGUCUCUGCAAGGCACUGUCAACAAAGAGGAAGAACAGCAAGGGAGCUGUGAGGUCAAGGUAUCUGUUCCAGGGGCAUAUCAGAAGCAUUUGCGUAUUCCUCUGGGACCAGACAGUGAGGAUUAUGGAACCUCAUUUGUCUUUCAUGUGGAUAAAGAAAUUUGUCCUGAACUGCAAGUAGAGCUGGAGCAAACCAUAUCUGUCCUACAGGAUGGUAUGAAUGAUAUUGAAAAGCAUACUACAGUUCUGGGACUGGGGACUGUACCAGUUAAUUCCCUUCCUAUUGGACAAAAAGUUGAUAGAAUCGUUUCUCUGGGAGAGGGACAAGGUUUGAAUAUGAGUUUUAAAGCUGAAGAGAGCAGUUGGGAUCUUGAUAUACGCCUGGGUUUUGACCUCUGUAAAGAGGAGAGAGAAUUUUUGGAAAAAAGGAAGAAAAUAGUUUCUGAAGCACUGAGGAAGACUCUUCACUUAAAAGAAUCCCCUUCAAAAGAUGAGGUUCCAGUUGUAGCAGUGGUGGGGUCUGGAGGUGGCAUGAGAGCACUGACAUCGUUUUAUGGCAGUCUUGCUGGGCUUCAGCAGCUGGGCCUUUUGGAUGCUACAAUAUAUCUGUGUGGGAUUUCUGGCUCUACUUGGUGUUUAUCAACACUGUACCAAGACCCUGAAUGGUCACAGAAGGACCUUCAAGAUGCAAUCAGGAGAGCCCAGGCUACAGUGUCCAGCAGCAAAGCAGGGGCAUUUUCCCCAGAACGACUGAAAUACUAUUUCCAGGAGCUGAAAGCAAUGGAGAUCAGUGGACGGAAGGUUUCCUUUACCGAUUUGUGGGGCCUUAUUGUGGAAUAUUUCCUACAACAGAAGGAAGAUCCAUCAAAGCUCUCUGAUCAGCAAGAAGCAGUGAAAUGGGGCCAGAACCCCUAUCCUAUCUAUGCAGCUGUCAAUGUGAGACCCAGUAUUAGUGGUGAUGACUUUGCAGAAUGGUGUGAGUUCACUCCCUAUGAAGUUGGGUUUCGCAAAUAUGGAGCUUUUGUCCGAACAGAGGACUUUAACAGUGAGUUCUUCAUGGGACGGAUCAUCCAGAAGCAUCCGGAACCUAGGAUUUGUUUUCUACAAGGAAUGUGGGGCAGUGCCUUUGCUGCAAGCCUAGAUGAUAUCUGCCUGAAGGUGGUUGGUAUAGGACUGGGCUUUCUAGAUUCUUUCAAAGAUGUUAUCAAAGUUGUAGAUGACUGCCGAAGAUUUCAUUUCCGUGAUCCAACACGACUGAAGACUCGCUUGGUUAUACCUGGGGGCCCCUUGUUACAAAUCUUAGAGGAUUUCUUCAAGUCCCGGGUCACAUGUGGAGAAACUUUCAACUUCAUGCAGGGACUGUAUCUUCAUAAAGAUUAUGUUAACGUCAAGAAAUUUGUGGCUUGGAGAGGCACUCAUCUGGAUGCAUUUCCAAACCAGCUGACCCCAAUGGAAGAGAGCUUGUAUUUAGUAGAUGGUGGCUUUUCUAUCAACUCUCCCUUUCCUUUGGUACUUCAGCCAGAGAGAGAUGUGGAUGUUAUCUUAUCAUUCAAUUAUUCCUGGGAAGCUCCGUUUGAGGUUUUAGAAUUGACUCAGAAAUACUGUGAGGAGCGGGAAAUUCCUUUUCCAAAAAUCAAAUGGAGUGAGGAAGACGAAAAGCAGCCAAAAGAGUGUUACAUGUUUGUGGAUGAUGAUAAUCCAAAGGCUCCGAUAGUGCUCCAUUUCCCACUGGUGAAUGACACCUUCCAGAAAUACAAAACUCCAGGAGUUGAGCGUGAGUCAGAAGAAGAGAAAUCCUUUGGUGACUUUGUUAUUGAGUCAAAAGAUUCUCCUUACCGUACACUAAAUUUCACCUUUGAGCCGCAUCAUUUCAACAGGUUAGUGGAAGUGAAUCGCUACAAUGUUCUGAACAGCAAGGACACUCUCCUCAAAGCCCUAAACCUGGCUCUGCAAAGGAGAAAGUUGAAGUAAGUCACCAAUACAUGAAAUAUGUGAGCAGCUUCCAUAGCUGAGGAUACAGAUGCAGUGCAGUGUAUGAAAGCUGUGUGGUUCAAGACAGAAUAUGGAAAACUAAUAGCUGGAAACUGUCUUCUUGUGAAUGGAGGGGCACAUGCGACUCUGAAAAUUCAUUCCAGAUAACAGAUGCUUCUAUGAAAACCUGAAGGGAUGUACAAUACAAUGUGGAUGUUGCUUUGUUAUGUGGUGAAGAGCAGGGAAUUGCCUAGUCCAGUACCUCAUCUUACAGCGCCUUAUGUCAGAUGACUGGAGAGAUCUAUUCAGAUGGUUCAAGCAUAUGGAUGAUGAUCUUCCAAACUCCACUGAGUGGAGCACCUCUUUCUGUCAAAGGUGUGGCAGUGUUUGAGGAAACACCGAUUUCUUCUGUAUCUUUAUCUCACUUGCUCUUUCAGCCUUCCUCCAUGAAUGUUUACAAUUUACAUCAUCUGUCAAGGAACUCCACAGAUUGUAUCUAUGUACUGGGAGAUGAAAUGUGUCCUUUUGCUUCCAAAUUGCUACUGGCUGAUGCCCAUGUACUUUCAAGACUGCACAGUCAUUAAUUGCUUUCCAUUUUUGCUGUUCAUGCUUUCAAAGAGCUCUAUGGUAUUUCCUUUAUACUUUUCUCAAGGCUUACAAUGGUUUUUAGACUCCCAGAAGUUCAGUAUAGAGUACCUUACUUCAGUAACUGUUUGUUUUGAGGAAUUAAUAGCUACCUUUUAUAUAUUUAACAAUUAAAGACACAUCAUGGGAUUAUGUUGCUUCUUCGUACAGUUUGAUCAUCACAUUUAAUGAAACUUGCUGUCUCAUCUCUUUCUAAGAGGAACAAAGGCUCUUUUGAAGAGUCUGAAUUAGAUAUCUUUUCCUUAUACUGGGCAUGCAAUUCAGCCAGACCUUUGUUCAAGGAAUCUCUCUGUGUGUGUAUAUAUUUUAGAAACAUCAAUAAUCAAGGUAAGCAUACCUCGUGAAUGUGAGUGAGUAAAAUAAUGUCAGAUGCUGCUGUGCUGUGAGAUGGAAUUUACCUCACUUGGCAGAAAGCUCAGAGAAAAAUACUGAAUUAUGCAGUUGAAAAAUAUCUGAUAUAUAAAAGGAAAGCAAACAAACACUGUUUACUUUUGUGGCUUUUACAUUGAGCUGAAUGUAUUGAUUCUGUAUUUGAAAACUGGAGGCAGGAAAUUUGUCUUUUCUGAAAUGAUGUAAAGGCUUACAAAUAGGCAUGAUUCUUGAUCUUUUUUAUAUGUUUCUCUUUCAAUAAAUAAUAGUUUUGCUAACGUGCUUGUCAAGAUUUUUCUUAUGGACACUUGUCUUGAUAUAUUUUUCCUUCUUAUAAUAAAAAGUAAGCAAAAAAGUCAGUGUAAUACUAUAUAGCAUAGUAUCUUUUAGAACAUCAGGGUACCUGACAGUGGGUCUUUCCAAGUCCCAUCUCAGACUGGUGUUUCACAGCAGUAGAUAGUCACUUCUUCAUUGAGAAAUCUAUCUUUGAGAAAGCAUGUGUCAAAACUGAUUUUUAGAUGCAUUUCAAACAGUGAUUUCAUCUUGGUGAUUAAACUUGAUAUCUGGGAGGAUGUAAUCUCUAUGUCCUUAGCACUUAUUUACUUAAGCUGAAAUAAGAGGAAUAACAACUUAAUGUUAUCAAUUUUCUUUAUAAG